AUGAAUUCCCCCCAAUCAGUUAGCUCCCCCUCCUCCAAUAUACCCCUCUCUCUCUCCUUUUUCUGCAUGAUUUUACAUCCUGCUCUCCAAUCUCCUCCUUCCAGCUUUCCAUUUGGAUAUGCCCCUCUUCUCUCUCUUCUAGUUCCCUCUCAGUUGCUGUUACAUGAUGCCUUAGAGCCGCAUAUGAGUAAGAAGACAAUUGACAUGCACUGGGGUGAAUAUCAUCGGAAUUUUAUAGAAGGUUUGAACAAACAGCUGGAGAAGGAUGAUAUACUAUACGGUUACACCUUGGAUGAACUAGUCAAAGUGACAUACAACAAUGGAAAUCCUUUCCCUCAAUUCCACAAUGCAGCUGAGGUUUGGAAUCAUGACUUCUUUUGGGAGUCCAUGCAACCAGGAGGGGGUGAUAUGCCCAAACUAGGUCUCCUUCAACAGAUUGAAAAGGAUUUUGGAUCAUUUACGAAUUUUAGGAAGAAGUUUGUACUAGCUGCUCUCACAUUAUUUGGUUCUGGUUGGGUUUGGCUAGUUUUGAAGAGAGAAGAGAAAAAACUAGAGAUAAUCCAAACUUCAAAUGCCAUUUGCCCAAUUGUGUGGGAUGACAUACCACUUAUCAAUUUGGAUUUGUGGGAGCAUGCAUACUAUCUGGAUUACAGGAAUGAUACAGCAAAGUAUGUGGAUGUAUUUAUGAACCACCUUAUCUCUUGGGAAGCUGCAGCAGUUCGAUUGACCAGGGGAGAAGCUUUUGUAAACUUGGGGGAACCAAAAAUUCCUAUUGCAUGA